UUGUCGAUGGUUUUCAGCAGCCAUUUGUUAUCCUUGUCAAAGAACCCGUGAAGAAUUGAAGAAAUUUCAAAAUGUUGAAAGCAGCUUCUGGCACAUUGGCCCAUGUCCUGAAAAGAUCGCUGAUCCCCACAGCGAGGGUCAGUGCGGUGGGUGUCGUGCGCAAUUCCCACGGAGGUCCGGUUGAGUCAGACGAAGAAUUCGACAGCAGGUAUGAGGCAUUCUUCAACAGGAAAGACAUUGACGGAUGGGAAAUCCGCAAGGGAAUGAAUGACCUGUGCGGAAUGGACCUGGUCCCCGACCCACGUAUCAUCAAGGCGGCCAUGCACGCGUGCAGGCGAGUCAACGACUACGCCCUCGCCAUCCGGUUCAUCGAGGCUUGCAAAGACAAGUGCGGACCCAAAGUGAACGAAAUUUACCCAUACAUUAUCCAGGAAAUCAAACCCACCCUUGUAGAACUCGGCAUUGAGACACCUGAAGAGCUUGGUUAUGACAAACCUGAGUUAGCUUUAAAGAAUGUGUAUGAGAUGUAAGGUCAACUUGCAAUAUAAGCUGUAGAGAUAUUUGUAUAAUAGUUUUUGCUGUCAACUUUAAUUUUGUAGCUGUUUCUAAUUAUGUCCGAGCUGUGUUUGCUUUCAAAUGUUCUUGGUCUAUAUUACCUACAAAUCUACAUAUUAACAAGGUGUCUAAUGUAAUAAACAUUAGAAAGUA